AUGGAUCCCAGCAGCAGCAGCUGCAUGAGCAGCCCACAGCCUCCCCCCCUGCUCUGGGGCUGUGUCAGGAGCUCCCACCCCGACCUGAGCACAGCUCCAGGGCUCAGCCACUACCCAGCAGCACCAUUCUCCUUCCAGCAAAAAGCAGAUUUUGCUGCUUGCUCUGAUUUCUCAGCCUCCUGCCUGGUGCCAGCUCCCCACAGCUUCCCUCAGGAGCAGCACCCCUCCUUCCAGCACCCUGAGUGGCACCUGGCAGCACCUGAGGCCACGAGAGGAGCAAAUCCAGGGCUGGCCUUGGCUUCUGGAGAGUCAGAGGGCAGCAGCCCCAGCCUCGUGAGUGUGGCUGUGGAUGAAGAUGAUGAGGCACCAGCAAAUCCUACAAGUGACUCUGAGAAAAAACCAUCCAGAAGGAAAAAGGAAAGCUCAGAGAACCAGAACUCGAGCAAUAAGGCAGAAAGCAGCAGCAAGUCAAGGAAGGAAAGGACAGCUUUCACCAAGGAGCAGCUGAGGGAGCUGGAAGCUGAAUUUGCCCACCACAACUACUUGACAAGGCUCAGGAGAUACGAGAUAGCUGUGAACCUGGAUCUCACCGAAAGACAAGUCAAAGUAUGGUUUCAAAACAGAAGAAUGAAGUGGAAACGUGUUAAAGGUGGGCAGGCAGUGCCCCCACACGAACAUGACACAGAGGAUGUGGACUCUGCUGCCUCCCCCAGCUCUGAGUAAUCCCUGCAGCAAUAGGAGAGGAGCUGGGAGAAAUCAUUGAUUGGAAUGUGCUUGCAACUGCUUAGAAUCAGCUACACAAUGAGACCACAGUCUUUAAAAGGUGAUGAUGCUUGAGGUUACAGAGGCAAUUAAAGAGCACAGGAGGGGAAAAGCCAAAGGACAGCAUGGUUUUGAUUUUUGUCUCUCAAACUGUCUUACUACCACAGAUGUGUCUACAGAAAAAAAC